GAAGUUGCAACAGUACUUGCCCGAAGCUCAAAGGACAGUCAAGGCCAUUUAAGCAAGACUCGCAGUUACUUCACGUGUUACAAUGGGACUCAAUUCUUGGCUGGAUGAAGCUUUUCUGGUGGUCUUUAUAGUCAUAAGUGGUCAGCUGAAUCUCCCUCAAGCCGCGGCCAUGAACUGCAACUCUAAACUGACUAUAAUACCUGAUGUAGAAAUUUCCACAAGUCCACCAACGAAGAAACUAGCUAUAGGUACAGCGGUCAACCUGACUUGUUUGGCGCAGCCCAGGAGAAUUGAUGCUGGAUAUUAUGAUAGAUGGACCGAGUAUAUUCAGUGGUACGAUCCAAAGGGCAAGCCAGUUGGACAUAGAUGUGUUCAGGGUAGACGGAUGGUGUUGAAACGUAGAUGUCUAUUGAUGCUCAAAAAACUGACGGCAGAGCAACUCGGUAGCUACACGUGUGAAGCAGGAAAUGGUUAUCGUGCACACUGCAGAAGAAAAUCAGUUCAAAUUCGUCCGCAAGAAGCCCAAACCAUUCAAAUUGUUGAAGAUCCAAAGAACCAAAGCGCUGUUAUCGAUUCCAGUAUAACGUUGAAUUGCACUGCCACCGGUCAUCCCAGACCAACCAUCUCUUGGAUGAAAAAUGAUGAUCCAUAUGCUUUACAAAUCAACAAAAAGGUAGAGGAGAAGGUUAUUGCGUUAGACAACAAAACCGUUUUCAGUCAGCUGUUAUUAACAAGAAGUAAGAUGGAAGAUAAUGGAAAAUACCACUGCGUGGCAAACAACAGUGCUGGAAAAAGGAGAUCACAAGUGGCCUUCUUAUACAUUAAAGAUUUAGACGCCCAGACAGUUCAAAGUGUGGAAGAUUCAAAGAACCAAAGCACUUUUAUCGAUUUUACGGUAAACUUUACCUACGCCGCCAGGGGUCGUUCCAAGCCAAAUAUCUCACGCGUGAAGGACAAUGAUCCGUAUCCUACGCAAUCCAAUCCAAAUGCCAAACAUCGGUGGAACAUAAUCAUUGUUAUCGGUUCUGAUUUAACUUUGAGUUGUAUUACCACGGGUCUUCCCACUGGACAUCCCCAGUCCGCUAUGAGGUGGAUCAAGUACAACGACUUAUAUGAUGUCCAGUCCAGUUCGAGGGCGAAAAUCAGCCAAGUUCGACGUGACCAAACCACUCAUCACCAACUGUUUCUUGAAAAAGUGAAGAAGGAAGAUGGGGGCAUAUAUCAGUGCGUUGCAAAUAACAUAGCGGGUGGAGGCACUUCAAUCGAGGUGAACUUACAUGUUGUAGUGCACUGAGAACAAAAUAAAGUACUUCUACCAAUGUUAGUAAUAUCACUAACCAUUACUUAGGUAUUAAAAUCAAGGAUUUAGCUCUUAGGUGGCGCAGGGGUCACUAUCUUACUUUGUUAGCCGUAGGUAUUUCAACUUAUCUCCCGACACGAACAUUCUGUUCACCAGUGAGAAUAAAAAUAAAAAAUUCUAAGAGUUUUGAAUAAAGAAUUCUAUGAGCAUGAAUAGAGAGGAUAUAAUAAUUACAGAAACAAUAGGUGCAGUCGUGACAGCAACUCUGAUAAAAAUCGACAGUCGAAGACUA